AUGAAGAUAACGGCAGACCAUACAGGAAGUUCAAGCCUUAAAUUUUGUAGUAUUCAGAAGCGUUUCAGUUCCAAGAGUUCUAUACCUGUGAAACCAAUGGGGUCUAAAAGACUGAAAACACCCUUUUCAAGUUCACAACAACCCAUUUCUAACCAUGUUAUUGUUAAGGAAAAUGAUGUUGAUAGCUAUUCCAUUGAGGUUGAAAUGUUAAGAAAUGAUCCGUCUAUUGUAGACACCAUGACUGUCGAUGAUGUUAAUGAUACUCCAGAGACAGUUGAACUUAACCAGGGUAAGAAAAGGUUUAAACAAUCAGAACCUGAAAGAAAAAUUGUCAAAGCGACAACCAAAAAGAAGCUGUUGGUUAAAUCAGACGAGGAGAAGGAUAUCGAGGAAAUAAAACAGCGACUGCUAGAUGGCUAUGAGAACAGCUUUUGGACAUGUAGUGUUUCUAAGCUUGGUUAUUCUGGAACAGCAAUAAUCUCAAGGUUUGAUGAAGAGAGGACGACGAAGGAUGAAGAGAGCUUGAAUAGGUUGUUAUGA